AUGCCACAGAAAGAAAUUGAGCGUUCGCUAGAGGAUUGUUUGUUAGAGUUUGCGAAAGCUGAUGAUCGUGUUGUUAGAGAUGCUCUUGCAGCUGGACAUGACUUGAGAGAUUUUUCCGUCCAAGUAAAGGAUGAACUAACAGAAGCGCAUAAAGAAGCUGUCAAAGAUUGUAUAGCUAAUGCUGAUCAGUUAACUGAACUCCAUAACCAGAUUGUCUCCUGCGACUCAGUUUUUGAGCGAUUAGAAAAAAUGCUCAUUAGUUUCCAAAAUGAUCUGGGUGCGAUUAGUGAUGACAUGAAGAGAUUACAAGAUCAAUCAGUUUCCAUACAUCAAGAGCUGGAUAAUCGGCAGAAAGUGAGAGCUGAACUGAGCCAGUUUGUAGAUGAUAUUGUAGUUCCUCAAGGAAUGAUCAAAACUAUCAUGGAAUGUGAUCCGAGUGAUAUAACAUAUCUUGAACAACUUCAUGAGCUUCAGCAUAAGCUUCAGUUCAUAAGAUCACAAGAAUAUCAAGAAGCUAGAGCUGUAAAUGAUGUGGCUGGAAUAUUAGAAAGCUUGAAGUAUAAGGCUAUCGAGAAAAUCCGAGAGUGGAUUUUACAGAAAAUUUAUUUAUUUCGAAGAGCUUUGUCAAAUUACCAGGUUCCGCAACACCAGCUUCUUAAAUAUAGAUUUUUCUACGAGUUUCUGCUGGUGAACGAGAAUAACAUAGCGGCGGAGAUCCAAGAAGAGUACAUCGACACGAUAGGAAAAGUGUUUUUCUCUUAUUUCAAGGCUUAUAUAUCUCGAUUGUUCAAGUUAUUGAUGGUUGAUUCUGCUACGAAAGAUGAUCUGCUGGGUGCUGAAGAUGUUGUGAAAAUGAGCACACUAGGAGGUUUGUUCUCUUCAAAGCCACAGGUGAGAAACCGAGCAACCGUUUUUUCACUCGGAUCGAGGCAUUUGAUGCUAACGGAUGAGUUCGAUGCUAAGCUUAUUGUGCCCCAUGUUUCUCAAGAGCAACAAGUCAAGUAUCAAUUUGAAUCUCUAUUCCGAUCUAUUCAUCUGGCUUUCGUUGAUCAUUGUAGUCACGAGUUUAUGUUUGUGGCUGACUUUUUCGGUAUGCAGAAGCAGGAUACCGUUGAGUUACACGCUAAGAUCAUGAGUCGAGCUGUUACACUCCUAAUCCGAUCUCUGGAUGAACGGAUAGCUUUCAACUUCGAUGCAAUCUCUUUAUACCUUUGUAUCUGCUUGUGUGAUAAAUUUCAAUCUCUUCUUGGUGACCGAGGAGUUCCUUCAAUGAUAGGUUAUUGGGACACAAUUCGUUUACAACUGUGGAUUAGGUUCGAACAAGUUAUGAACAUGCAUAACACGAGCGUAAAAACACUAGAUGUUAAGAAGAUGUCCAGUCCAAUUGAUACUAGGCCCCACUACAUCAUCCGACGUUAUGCUGAAUUGACGUGCGCCUUCCUCGUCAUCACGGAGACCAAUGGGAAAGAAAUUGAUUCGAGACUAUUGAAAGCACUCGAGACAUGUGAAGACGCCGUGGAACAACUCCUGAAUCGGAUGGCUGCAACACUUUCAAAUCAACGUGAUCAGCUUGUUUUUUUAAUAAACAACUACCACAUGAUCAUAAAUAUAAUUGAUGAAAAAGUUGUGCAAGACAGUCGAAUUCAUUCAAUCAUUCACGAAUUGGAACAAAAAGCAAUCGGAGAGUUCGUAGAGGCUACCCUUUCACCCCACUUUAAACAACUGAUUUCGUUUGUUAAAGCGUGUGAGCCUUUGAUCCAAAACGGCCAUACUCACUUAUUAGGAAGAGACUAUCAAGAUAAGCUGGCCGUAGUGGUUCAGUCUUUUUCCACCAAUUGGAAGAAGUCUAUCGACGAAAUAAAUGGGGAGAUCGUGAAGUCGUUCACAGAUUUCAAACACGGAACUAACAUCUUACAGAGUGCUUUCACUCAAUUAGUCCAAUAUGUACAACGCUUCACGAAGAUAGUGUCUCAUGAAGUGUUUCGCGACAAUCAAGCAAAGAAUGGCAUGGUCAACAUCCAUCACAUCAUGGUGGAAUUGAAGAAAUAUAAGCCAGUUUAUUAA